GCAGCGCGGCCGUCGCCUGACACCUCCCAGCGCCGGGCGUGCGGGGCUGCGGGCAGUGGGUAGCGGCAGCAGCUCCUCGGCGGCCGGACCCCGGCCCCAUCGCUCCUAGGCGCCGCUCGGCUCCGCUCGGCUCCGCUCGGCUGCAUCGUGCCGCCCUCGCCAUGUCGGUGGCCGGGCUCAAGAAGCAGUUCCAUAAAGCGACCCAGAAAGUAAGUGAAAAAGUAGGAGGUGCAGAAGGAACCAAGCUAGAUGAUGACUUCAAAGAAAUGGAAAGGAAAGUGGAUGUUACCAGCAGGGCAGUUAUGGAAAUAAUGGCGAAGACAAUAGAGUAUCUUCAGCCCAAUCCAGCUUCCAGGGCUAAACUCAGCAUGAUUAACACUAUGUCCAAAAUUCGAGGCCAGGAAAAGGGACCGGGUUACCCUCAGGCUGAAGCCUUGCUGGCAGAUGCAAUGCUGAAAUUUGGCCGAGAACUUGGAGAAGAAUGCAACUUUGGACCAGCGCUUGCAGAUGUGGGAGAAGCAAUGAAGGAGCUUUCUGAGGUCAAAGACUCUUUAGACAUGGAAGUUAAACAAAACUUCAUUGACCCACUUCAGAAUCUCCAUGACAAAGACCUGAGAGAAAUACAGCAUCACCUAAAGAAAAUGGAGGGUCGACGUCUGGAUUUUGAUUACAAGAAGAAAAGACAGGGCAAGCUCCCUGAUGAAGAGCUUCGCCAAGCUCUGGAGAAAUUUGAUGAAUCAAAAGAAAUUGCUGAGUCAAGCAUGUUCAACCUUCUGGAGAUGGAUAUUGAACAGGUGAGCCAGCUUUCUGCUCUUGUACAAGCCCAGCUGGAGUACCACAAGCAGGCCACACAGAUCCUUCAGCGAGUUACUUCUAAGCUGGAAGACAGAAUAAAAGAGGCAUCAUCUCAGCCCAGAAGAGAAUACCAGCCCAAACCUCGUAUGAGCCUGGAUUUCACAACUGGUGGUGACAAUACUCAGCACAAUGGAGGAAUAUCCCACGCCACUACUCCAAAACCAGCAGGUGCUCACAUGGAUCAGCCAUGCUGCCGAGCUCUGUAUGACUUCGAACCAGAAAAUGAAGGGGAGCUGGGAUUUAAAGAGGGUGAUAUUAUUACCCUCACUAACCAGAUUGAUGAAAACUGGUAUGAAGGGAUGCUUCAUGGCCAGUCAGGUUUCUUCCCCAUCAAUUAUGUUGAUAUUCUAGUUCCUUUACCCAAUUAGGAUAGCUGAUCCACCACUUCUGUCCCAGAUAGUAAUGUCCAUACCACUGCUUUCAAAAUGCUGCUUCUUACACCUUACAAGUGCAAACUGCAGUGGUUAGAAUCGUCAAGUCCCACUGAGCAUCUUUGGUUUAUGUGUUGUCAUACUACGUAGUGGUGAUGCGUGGUAUCUUCUGAGCCAACACAGUGUGGGUUAGAUCACUUGGCCAUGCUGGCCUGGUGGUAACCAGAGUACUGCUGAGGUGAAGCUGGGAAGAUGAUGGCGAGCCAAACAGGUAACUCAUGGUGAAGUAGCAGGAAGUGAAGGCAGUAUUGGGAAGAUAAUGCCUAUCACCACUGUAUUACUUUUCAGUCUUAGUUCUCUGUAAAAAGAGGGAAAAGUUCUUGCCAUUCCAUCUUUCCCUUCCUAGUGAUACAGUUCACACAGGUCUAACCAUGACUAACAAGAAUUUUAUAUUCUGACCAAAAUGGCUUGCUAUUCUCACAGAGACGGUAAAAAUGUAGACUCUCUGGUUUCUCAGAAAGUGAACCACUGUACUGUGUGCCCUUCUGGUCUCUGCUCAUUUUUGUAUUUUUGAUUGUUAUUAAAAGACCUAUUUCCACCUAUAGGUAAACUUUGAACCAUAAAAAGGGGAUUCCUAUAGUAAAAAGCUUGAACCACAAACUACAUGAAGUUGCCCUUCAGAAACUUUGAGCAUGCUCAAUAAAAUGCCAGUAGAAGGGCAAGAUGGGGGAUAAAACUGUUGUGUUAACUGUUUCUUGUCAAGUUUUGGCACAAAAUCAUGCUGCUUAAGUACCAGAUAUAGUUUUUGUAAACUCAUUCACUGUGGAGGAAAACCAACCAAAUACAACCUUCCCUACUUUUAUUUCUGUCUACCAUGUGUUCUUCGAACAUCAUUUGUGUGUAUUCUGCCCUCAAUGAGGACUAAAUGAAACUUUUUUCUUUUUGUGUUGAGCAAUUAAGGACAUGUGGCUGCAUAUGCAAAAACAUUUCCCCAUAUGAUUAGUUCACUCUUUUUUUUCCUCCUUACUGCACUUGGUGUGUACAGUGCUGUGCCUAGCUUCUCAGCGUUCUUUCAGAUGCAAAAGUUCUGUUAGUUUAGUUAUCCAGAGUUCUAUUUAUCUAAACUAUAGAGACUCUUUCAGAGGUUUAAUGUGCUGCUUUGUACGUGCCACUUCAGUACUGGAUGAUGUGAAAUUAUGACAAUUCCCUACUGCUUAAUAUAUAAACUGUAUCCUGGAAUAUUGAUAUUUCAAAUAAAUGCUGAGAGAAUAACUAGAA